AUGUACUGGUUACUGUUGAUCUUGUUCAACGUAAUAGCAUCGAUCCAUGCUCAACGGCCUGCAACACUUUGGAUUACCGAUGCCGAAGAAGAUCUUUCUGGUUCAAAUGUGGCAUUCGAUACAACAACGGAAAAUUAUACUGUGUCCGUUAGUGGUAAAUGCGUUUUAACCUGCUAUGUUUCAGAAAUUCGUUCAUUCAAGGUACUUUGGCAAAAAAUUGAUCGAACAAAUCUAGGUGGAAAUCAGACAAAUAAUGAACAACUAACGUUGAUUGCAUUUGAUGGAGUUGUCUAUUCGAAUAAAGACCAUUAUCGAGUUGAAUCUGAUUACGUCGGAUCCUAUAAUUUAAUUAUUGAUCGUGUGAAUGAAGAUGAUCAAGGUGAAUAUCAAUGUCAGAUCAAUACGGAGCCAAGAAAAACCAAACGAAUCUUUCUAACCGUUCAAGUUCCACCACGCAUUAUCGAUUUUCGUCCUAAUCCUUCAUUAGUUUCUGUGCAAAGCGGUACAUCAUUAACUUUAUUAUGUCGUGCUGAAGGCACACCAUUGCCACGUAUACGUUGGCGUAUUCGUGAUACUGAUACGAAUCGAAUUGAUCUGUUGCCGCCUGACAAUAGCAAUGUAUGGUUUAUACCAUCCGUUAGUAAUCAAUUUCCACGUACCGUUGAAUGCAUUGCAGAUAAUGGUGUUUUACCCGCAUCGAAUCGUGUCUUUACAAUCAACGUCGAAUUUGCCCCUAUUGUUAUGAUUAAUAAUGAUUUAAUCCAAAGUCAAUUGUAUCAAAAUAUAACACUUGAGUGUGCAGUAUCGAGUCGACCACUUGCUCGUAUAAUAUGGGAAAAGAAGGGUAAUUUAAUGGCGGAAAAUCAAAUGAGUAAUAUUCAAAUCAAUCAAACAAUGAUAAUAAAUCGACUGAAUAUUCAAUUAACUAAUGAAGAUGAUUUCGGUCAAUAUAAUUGUAUUGCUGAAAAUGUACACGGACGAAAAGAAGCGAUGGUUUUCCUUUUGAAAGAAACGAUUGUUUCGUCGACAUCAACACCCGUAUCAACAACAAGAAAAUUUCAUCGAUACACGAAAAAUUCUUCGUUGAGAUUGAACUAUACUCGAAAACACUUCCGAACGACAACAAUCCGCACAACAACAACGACAACAACAACACCAAUCAGCACUACUUCCUAUAUCUAUGUCGAACGUGGUAUUCAUAUCAGUUCAUUAACCUAUCGUUUGCAAACAUCGACUCAAUUACUUCAAUUGAUGUUAUUCAUUAUCGCAGUCUUCCGAUUUGCAAGAUAA